AAACGAUAAUAUGGUGCUACUAAUCCUUAUCCUCUCCAAUCAAAAGACAAAGUCCAACGUUGACUUCUGCACCCAACUGAAGCAUAAGGUGAAGAACUGAGGGACAGAGGAAAUCAAAGGAGAGACAGAGACUUGAUCAGGAGGAAUAGAAAAACCGGAGGGGGAAAAAAAACAACGGAAAAGUUGUCCGUUUCUUUUCCUCCUUCCUUUCCAACUGAAAGUUGCCGUCUUCUUCUUCCUUCCUUCACCAAACCCUCGAAAAUAAUAUUCAGAAAAUUCAUACCAUAUCAAACGCCUAUCUAGACACUAAUAAAAAAACCUGUCCCCUCCUUCCAUGUUAAAACCUCCGGGAAACAUUCAUCUCGGAGCCCUUAAAGGCCCUUUUCAUUUAUUGUCCUCCCAUGAAUUCAUCCCUCGACGGUUUCCGCUUCAGAGUCCUUGAAAUCUUCGGUUAUUAGUUUGCAGAGCUCGAUUGCUUUGCUUUUUCCCGUCGCUUUCCUCCCCUCUCCCAAUUUUGAUCCCUGGGAGAACGAGAAAGAGAUUAUCAAUCCAACUUGAGGGAGGAGGAAAGGAAGAGACUUUAUCUAUUUUUAUCGGGGUAUAGAUUGAUGGGUAUGCUGUCAAAUCUAAGGAAUUCGAGAAAUCCAGAAGAUGGAUUGUUGCUAUCAUCGGGUUCCUCACCGCCGGCAGCUGGGCAGGCGGCGGCGGCGGGUAAGCGGAAAUGGUCAAAUUUCCUGCCGGUUUUCAUUGCUCUUGUGGUUUUAGCCGAGAUCGCCUUUCUGGGUCGUCUCGACAUGGCGAAAAAUGCUGCUGCCCGGGUCGAUUCGUGGGCAGAUAGCUUUCUUUAUCAGUCGCCGCCUGGUUUGAGGGAGAAGGCUCCGGUGGUUAGAAGAAAUGAUAUGGUUUUGGGGUCGGAAACUUGCGAGGAGUGGUUGGAGAGGGAGGAUGCUGUGCCUUACUCGCGGGAUUUCGAUCAGGUUCCCAUCUUGGUCGCCGGUGCUGAGAAGGAGAGGAGGAAUUGUUCUGUGGGGUGUCAGUUCGGAUAUGACUCCAACAGAACUCCUGAUGCAUUAUUUGGUACGCUAAAUGAGAAGUCGGCAACUGUCAGUGUGCAUCGGUCAAUGGAAUCGGCUCAGUAUUAUCCAGAGAAUGAUAUUGCUAAGGCACGACGGUGGUGUCGACGUGAGGAAAUAUUAUCAAAUAGUAUCUUGGAUGUGGAUGUGAUACACCUUGGUUCCGAAGUCUGCAUCCUGUUAAAUGGAUACCGGAUAGUUAUGACUACAAGUCUAUCCUCAGAUGUGCCGGUGGGAUAUUUUUCCUGGGCAGAGUAUGAUAUCAUGGCACCUCCCGAGCCAAAGACCGAGAAAGCCCUUGCAGCUGUGUUCAUUUCAAACUGUGGUGCCCGCAACUUCCGUUUGCAAGUUCUUGAUGCCCUUGAAAAAUUGAAAAUCCCAAUAGACUCUUACGGUGCUUGUCACCGGAACCGUGAUGGUAGAGUGAACAAAGUGGAGGCUCUGAAGCGCUAUAAAUUUAGCUUAGCUUUUGAGAAUUCUAACGAGGAGGAUUAUGUUACGGAGAAAUACUUCCAAUCCCUCGUUGCUGGAACCAUCCCGGUGGUUGUUGGUGCUCCAAACAUCCAAGAUUAUGCCCCUGGGCCAGGUUCGGUAUUACAUAUCAAAGCCCUUGAAGAUGUUGAGACUGUUGCAAAGACCAUGAAUGAGCUAUCCGAAAACCCUACUGCAUACAAUCAGUCGUUAAGGUGGAAGUUUGAGGGCCCAUCUGAUUCAUUCAAGGCACUGGUCGAUAUGGCAGCAGUACAUUCUUCAUGCCGUCUUUGCAUUCACCUAGCUACAAUGAUUCGUGAUAAAGAAGAAAGUAGCCCAGGGUUCAAGAGACGCCCCUGCAGAUGCACACGAGGGUCCGAGAUUGUACAUCAUGUAUAUGUUAGAGAACGAGGAAGGUUCAAGAUGGAGUCGAUUUUCUUAAGGUCUGGGAACUUAACAGUGGAUGCCCUGGAGCACGAGGUGCUGAAGAAGUUCAAGUCCAUGAAACACAUACCAGUUUGGAGAGACGAAAGACCAGAAAGCAUACGAGGAGGAGAAGACGAUUACAAAGUCUACAGGCUAUACCCUGUAGGGUUGACGCAGAGGCAAGCGCUCUACUCUUUUAAGUUCACCGAUAUCGACUUACAGAAUCACCUGGAAGCAAAUCCAUGCGCUAAGUUGGAGGCCGUCUUUGUCUAGUUAACAAAUGGGACUUUCCUAUGGUCUUGAGCUUGAAUCCUCAGCUCGGCUCACCCUAAAACUGCAGGCAAUAUUUUCGGCCGAAAAGUUUAACAGUGGAUCUGUUUAACUGUCAUCCAUGUAUGAACAUUCUUGUACACAGUACAGAGUUGAAUCACUUUUAGUGUAGCUCGGGAAAACAGGAUAGGAAACAGAAUGAUUCUGGGAGAACCCUUGUUUUACUUCACUGAUCUGAGAAUGCUAUUGGUGCAUUCUGUUUAGACGAGAGAAUCUUGGUCUCAUGUUGUCUCUGUUGGCUUUUUACCUGCACCAUCCCCUGUGGUUUCUGUAUGUAAACAUUUGUCUUUAGUUGUUAAGAUGAUAGGAUUAACAUAUGAUUGCCACAGAUUGGUGUAGUGGUGGUUUAUGCUGGGAGGAGUAUAACAUAAACUACAUCUUGGUUUCCAACUUUGAGAUCAAAGGUUUAUCUAU